AUGGCAGACUCGAAGUGGGAGUGUGAAGAUGGCGUGCCGAGCUCCGCCAGCUCACAGCACUUUGAAGUUCAAGGGUGCCUGCGUCUAGUCCCUGUGAGACACGAGAGCGUCGAAAGCAAGUACGCGUGGCAAGACUUAAAGCAGAAGAAGAUCAAGGUCAGCAACAGCAGCUUCUACAUCAAGUCUAGAACCAGCCGUGAGGCUUGGACCAAGUUCAACGACGGACGGAUAUUGGCUGCACCAGCGCGGCGUGCCAUGUUUCACGCAGCCAACGCGCAUGGGUGUGUGCUUGACGCCAUGGGCGCUAGCGCUGGAGCCGCAGUUGGCGCCUUCGCGGGGCGCGCGCUACUGGCGGAAUAA